GUACAUAAAUGCAGAGUAAUGGAUAUGCAAUUGGGGCUUGUGGACUCUGGACUGCAGCGAUGGAUGACGGCACUUGGUACCCGCCUAUCGAACCUUCCAAUUUCGAUCUAAUCCUAAUCGGCACCGGUUUGCCGGAAUCCAUCGUCGCCGCGGCCGCUUCCGCCGCCGGAAAAUCCGUCCUCCACCUUGAUCCCAAUCCCUUCUACGGCUCUCAUCAUGCUUCGCUCCCCCUCCACGACUUCACUUCUUUCCUGCACUCCCAUUCAAAUCUCCCCUCCGCCCCUCCUCCUCCUCCUGCUCCACAGCACAACGAUGAAUCCGAUUUCCAUCUCGUGCCUCUUUGUGCACGUCAGCUCUACUCCUCCGUCGAUGUCUCCGUCCACUCUCCCGAGCCUUUGGAAUACUCCGGGAAGUUCAACAUCGAUUUGGCUGGACCUAGGGUUUUCUUAUGCGCCGAUGCUAUGAUCGACCUCAUUUUGGAGACGGGUAUCAAUCAGUAUAUUGAGUUCAAGUCCGUGGACGGGAGCUUCAUCUGUGAUGGAAACGGUAAUCUGGAUGCCGUGCCUGAUUCGCGCAGUGCGAUUUUCAAGGACAGGACUUUAGGUUUUACUGAGAAGAAUAAGUUGAUGAGGUUCUUCAAGUUGGUGCAGGGGCAUUUCGGGGACGAUGACACUGAAGGCAACUGGAUAUCCGAGGAGGAUCUGGAGAGUCCGUUUUAUAAGUUUCUGAGCAGAAUGGAUCUUUCGUCUAAGCUAAAAUCGAUUAUACUUCAUGCUAUAGCCUUGGAAGCUUAUGAUCAAGAAAAUGUGGAGUCAUAUAAAGUUCUCAAGACAAGGGAUGGGAUAAACCGUUUAGCUCUUUAUCACUCUUCAGUUGGCAGGUUCCCUAAUGCACCUGGUGCUAUGAUUUACCCCAUUUAUGGCCAAGGGGAACUAUCCCAGGCCUUCUGUCGUCGUGCUGCUGUGAAAGGCUGUAUAUAUGUUCUUCGAGUGCCAGUCAAUUUUCUUCUAAGGGACAAGGAAAGUGGAAAUUCCAAGGGUGUCAAAUUGGCUUCUGGUCAAGAAUUGUUUAGCGAUAAUCUUGUAUUAGGUCCAUCAUUUGCAAUUCCAUUGGAUCCAGUUGAAUCUUCUGCUCAUGCUCUGCAAGGCAUUUCUUUUGAUCUCAACAGAAAAGAUGUAGUAAAAGAGAAGCUGGUUAAGGGAAUAUGCAUUGCCAAGUGCUCAUUGAAAGUAGAUGUGUCAAACUGCUUGGGGUUCUUUCCUCCUCGAUCUUUGCACACUGAACAGAUGUCCUCAAUUCGUGUCUUUCAGUUGAGCAGCAAUGUAGCAAUAUGCCCCAGUGGAAUGUUUGUGACUUAUCUUUCAGUCAUAUGUGAAGAUUCUGUGCAAGGGAAGAAACUGCUAGAAGCAGCCAUUAAUGCAUUAUUCUCUGUUCCCAUUUCUGGCAAUUCUGAAAAUGAUCAUCCAAAUGCAAAACCGGCUAUACUUUGGAGUGCCUUGUACACACAGGAGCUGACAGAGGAGGAAUCAUUUGGUUCCAUCAUUUCGGUCCCUACACCCGACGGAAAUCUGCACUACAACGAUAUUCUGGCUGCAUCACGCAAGAUAUUCGAGAAAUUGUACCCUGGCGAAGAAUUCUUACCGAAGGCCACAUCGCCUGAGGAGAAUGUGUCUUCCGCCACUGAAGGUGACGGCGACGAGUCCAUUGGAAUAUAAUUUGAUAGAGAUGAGCUUUUGAGGGGGUCCCACGUUCAUGUGUCCCCCUGAAGGUAACAUGGGGCUUUUAUACAAGGUCCAUUUUAGCAUAUUAUUGGCACCAAUUUACCACAGCUGUAGAAAUAGUUUCCCGCCCUGAUUUCUAUUGUUAAUGUGCGUGUGGGGCCGGGUAGAGAAAUGUGCCAAGUUCUGAAGAGUUACUGUGCGUGUUGGGCUGGGUAAAGAAAGGGGCCAAGUUUUAGAAUUAUAAAUAAAUUAUUUUUUCUUUUAUUUUCGCGACUAUAACUGCACGUAAAAGUGUUCCCCACAGGAUUCAAAUGUUCCGCGUAGUAAAUAAACAAAUGGGCG